AUGGCUGCUAUCAAUAUCAUCGUAUGUGUAAACAUUUCAUUAUUCAUAGUAAAUCAUGACAGCGAUAGUAGUAGUAGUAGUGAAGAAUCUGAUGAACAUUCCGACAAUAUAAGUGAUGAAGAACAAGAUGAAUACACUUUACAUUCCGAACUAGAAAUUUUAUAUGCAGUAUUAAUGGUAGGUGAAACGCGCGGAGAAACAGUUUGGUCAGAAAAAAUAUCCGAUUACGUUGAGCAUGUUAUUCCUGGAUAUUCCCGACAUGUAUUUAAAGAACAUUUUCGAAUGUUUCCUGAAACGUUUGAGGAAGUGCUACGCAUAAUCAGUCCAGGAUUAAGAGCUAUCAAUACUGAAGGUGGAAGAAAUCCUAUUCCUAUGGAGAAACAACUCCUUGUUGCCAUAUGGUUUAUUGCUACACCUGAUUCUUAUAGAUCUGUUUCCACUAAAUUUGGAAUUGGAAAAGGAACUGCAUUUAGAGCAUUGCGGCGUGUAACAUAUGCAUUACAUUGUAUUGCUCCACGACUUAUUCAAUGGCCAAAAACUCGUCCAACUGUCACAAAAGUAAUGGAACAAUUUCGAAAAGCAUGUGGUUUUCCGAAUGUCAUUGGUGCUAUUGACGGCACACAUGUGUAUAUCACGGUGACGAUGAAGUGGUAG